UCCUCACUUCAAAGGCUUCUCUCCUCCUCUUCCUCCUCCUCCUCCGCCUCCACCUCGCUCCAUCCAUCGAGCUGCGAACAUGGACGACCUGGAAUGAAAUGCAGAGCAGGAGAGAAGGAGCUGAGAGAGCCAUUUAAAUAAGCGAGAGAAGAAGAAGAAGAAGAAGAAGAAGCAGAAGCAGGUGACGGGAGAGACCGCAGGCAGCAGUAGACCAGCAUGCCGUUAGUGAAGAGGAACAUCGAGCCCCGGCACUUGUGCCGUGGGGCGUUGCCAGAUGGGGUGACCAGUGAGCUGGAGUGUGUUACCAACAGCACCCUGGCGGCCAUCAUCAAACAGCUGGGCAGUCUGAGUCGCCAUGCAGAGGACAUUUUCGGAGAGCUGUUCAACGAAGCCAACAGCUUCUACCUGAGGAUGAGCAGCCUGCAGGAGAGAGUGGACCAGCUGGCCGUGAAAGUCACCCAGCUCGACUCCACUGUGGAGGAAGUCUCUCUGCAGGACAUAAACAUGAGGAAGGCCUUCAAGAGUAGCACCAUCCAGGACCAGCAGGUGGUGUCGAGGACCUCCGUCCCCAACCCUGUGGUGGAGAUGUACCACCGCUGUGACAAACCACCUCCGCUCAACAUCCUCAGCCCCUACAGGGAUGACAAGAAGGACGCGCUGAAGUUCUACACUGACCCCUCGUACUUCUUCAACCUGUGGAAGGAGAAGAUGCUGCAGGCCACCGAGGACAAACGCAAGGAGAAGAGACGGCAGAAGGUGUGGCUGAGCGGCUGUCCGGCCCACCCUGACAGGCCCCACUCCAGACAGGCCCCACCCAGGAGCCCCCUGUCCAUCUCUGAGCAGCAGAGGCAGGUUGAGGACCCGGGCAGAGAGGUGAAGAAGGUGCGUAAGGCUCGCAACCGGCGUCAGGAGUGGAACGUCCUGGCCUACGACAAGGAGUUCAGACCAGACGCCAGGCUCACACCCUCCCCUUACCAUGGCAUGUCCUCAGAAGGCUCCCUGUCCCCUGAUAGCAGGUCAAUGGCGUCCGACUCCUACCCAGCCAGCCCCAACCACCCCUCCACUCAAGCCCCCAGCACCGUCCACCCCACCGACCACCUCGCCAGGGACCACCUCAGUGCCGCGGCCCAGACUCAGUCACUGGAUCGAGGCCUCAGGCCGGCCAACCAGCCCUCGGCAGCCGGAGGGCCCGCGGCGGCGGGGCGACACGCGGCCUCCCUUGGCAGGACCCCAUCAGGACACGGGGUCCAGGGCGGUGGAGAUCCGACGGUUAACGGGCCGAGGCAGCAGUCGGUUAAGGAAUACCGAGCAGGGCAUGGCGGACAGCCCUCCACCAUCCCAGAGUACUAUAUCCCACCUGCCCCUCCCCCUCCUCCCCCAACCAUCCCCUCCGCCCAGACCGCCUUCGACUCCACCACGGCCCCGCCCUCUGCCGCCGCCUCCGCUGUCCCCCCCACCUCCUCUGCCCUCUCCCGCCCCUACUCCCCUUCCCCUCCUCCACCCCCGGCCAACUACGUGCCCUCCCCUGCCCACCCCCCGUCAGGUGCACCCCCUGCCGCUCCACCGCCUCCUCCACCUGGAGCCCCUUCAGGCCUCCAGGCCCACCCAUCGCCGCCGCACGCCGCCGUCGGCCAGUCAGCAGUGGAUGCGCCGCCCACGACGAGGAAGUCCACCAUGCUGGGGAUGAUCCCGAUGAGCGACGCCCGCUCCGACCUGCUGGCCGCCAUACGUAGAGGUAUCCAGCUGAGGAAGGUGCAGGAGCAGAGGGAGCAGGAGGCGAAGAGGGAGCCCGUCGGCAACGACGUGGCCACCAUCCUGUCGCGCCGCAUCGCUGUGGAGUACAGCGAGUCCGACGACGACUCCGAGCUCGACGAGAACGAGUGGUCUGACUAAAAAGAGGAAAGAGAACGAGACGGGGGCUCGGUGGGUGGUGACGACUGCGAAUAGCAGGGGGAGAAACAUUGAGACUCUGAGGUGGAAAUGAAGGGGUUCGGUUAGUUUUAACGCUCAUCAAUAAUCUUUGAAGAGAAAAAUAUUCAAUAAAAGUCAGUCAUACAUACAUUCACACACAUGCUUACGUCCCCUGAUGCAGCCUCUCUGAUCAUUUAGCGCUUCUGCAGCAACAGGUUGGUGAUUUCAGUUUGCUUGGUUGCCCCUGACGACGCCUAUUCUUGAACUAAAAACCCCAGAGGUUUGUGUGUCUAACCACCCGGGGUGUGUGGCGCAAUGAACACACGCUGACAUUCACCGCAUUUCAACACCCUCCCGCCCCCGUCCGCUCAAUUUUUAACCACUAACGCUCAGCUGUGAACGCACCAACC